AUGACGAACCACCAUACAGGCCAUGGAUCGAGAGGCUCUACUGGCGUCAUCGUAGCCAUUGUCUCGACUUCUAUCGCGUUUGUUGUACUCAGCUUGAGGAUGUUCACGAGGGGUUUAAUCGUUCGCAAUAUUGGACCUGAGGACUUUGUUAUACUCGCUGCUUUUGCAUUGUCUGUUGCACUCACAGCUCUCAUCUGCAUUGAAGUGCAAAAUGGGCAAGGUCGACACUAUUCGUCUGUAUCACCAGAAGAGUUGAAACAGCUGAACAAGGCAUUUUGGGCCAGUGUUCCUGUCUACCAAGCCAGCUUGAGCUUGACCAAGAUUUCUAUUCUGCUUCAAUACCGACGUGUCUUCGUCGGCUCUGACAUCCAGCGGAUCAUCACCGGUUCGAUCGGCGUGAUCGUUGUUUACGGACUAUGGUCUGUGUUCAGCACUGCAUUCAUGUGCACACCAGUGUCCUAUUUCUGGGAUACCAGCAUCAGCGGCCACUGUUUGAGUCGCAUGGGAGUGUGGUUUGCCAAUGCCUCCCUGAACAUCAUUACCGAUGUAGUGAUAUGUCUGAUGCCAGUGCCUGUCCUGAACCGGCUUCUGCUUCCGCGCAAGCAGAAGUAUGCACUUAUCGCUGUGUUCUGUUUGGGACUUUUCGUCUGCCUGACUUCUAUCCUACGACUCAAAGCACUCUAUCAAAUCUCCGUCUCCACCGACAUCACCUGGGACAACACACCCGCAGCAUACUGGUCCUCAUUGGAAGCCAACUUUUCUGUCGUUGCCGCCUGCCUGCCCACCCUUCGCAAAACCAUAUCACGCUUCUUCCCUCGCUUGUUCUCGUCACACUCGAAUUCCGACUCCAAUCAUCGAUACAUCCCCUCUCGCAAACCCAAAACCAAGUCACGCACAAACAACGACACAAGUGGCUUCGCCAAAUUCGCCAUCACAUCACACGCCGCGCAAGCGGAAUGGGAACAAGGUCUGGAGACCCAAAACGGCAAUGCUCGAGGAUUGUCACACAAGGUUGAGAUGGACACCAUCAUACAAAAGACAAGAUUGAGCGAUGACAGCGAGGAUGGCAAGACGAUGGUAGAAAGCGAACUCGAGGACGGGCGCAUCAGAGUCAUGACUACCAUCGUUACGCACGAGUUGACACCCUCGGUGUCUGAGAUGGAUUCAUCGAUAGAUCCGAGCUCAUCAGCUUCGAAUCCGAAAGAGAGGCAUCUCGUAUGA